GAUGGGGCUGUCACAAGACACGUGGUCUUGGUUACGCCACUGAGUGCCUUAUAGUGAAUGUCGGUCAGCCUGAAGUGAUACUCGCGUUUUCAAUUUUAAUUUUUUUUUUGGGGCUUUUACACUUUCUCCUUUACACCUAACUUAAAGGAGCAACACGGGAGAUUGCCCUAAACGUAAAUGUGGAAUAGUGAAAAUGUCAACUGUCACAAUCAGUGGAUUUGUUGAAGUUGAGCCAAAACGAGAGGAAGAAGAAGAAAGUGCAACCGUUAACGGCGACGUUUUAAUAAAGCACGAGGUUGCGACUGAGGAUAAUGGGAGUGCGAGUGGCAUCAAGAGUGAGCUCAAAGUUAAAAGGGAAACACAGCAGCAGGAAGGCGAAGUCGCCUCGUAUUUUAUUAAGCCUCUUUUGUUGUAUGAUGAAUGUAUGGAAGACAAAAGUAAUGUUCUUAACGUAGGGGUAAAUGAGUCUCUGCACACUGAUUUCCGGUGUUUUCAAUGUGAUUAUACAUCAAGUAUGAAAAAAAAUCUCAGGAAGCACAUCUUAAGGCACAUAACGCCGAGAAAUUUAAAAUGUGACCAUUGCAAUUAUUUAACGAACGACAAGGACAAUUUGAGACAGCACGUCAGGACGCACAACGCUAAAAAAGAAUACACAUGUUCCAUUUGUAGUUACGCCACAAAUGCCAAGCACUCCUACAGUCGACACCUCUUAAAACACAACGCUCUGAAAGACUUAAAAUGUGACCGGUGCGCUUACGCCACGCAUUCAAAGGGCAACUUAAAGCAACACCUACUAACUCACCGAAAUGAGAAGAGAUUUAAAUGUGACCAGUGCACUUUCGAAACUCACGUCGAAAUGUACCUGAAACGACACGCCCUCAAUCACAAACUAACCACUGACUUUAAGUGCUCGUACUGUCCCUACGCCACAAAUGUAAAAAAAAACUUCAAGAAGCACUUCUCGAAGCACACAAGAGAAAACUUAAAAUGUGAACACUGCGACUACACUACGAGCGUUCGCGAGAAUCUGAAGCAACACCUGCUGACUCACAGGGCGCUGAAGGACUUCGAGUGCGUGCACUGCGAGUUUCGAACGAACACCUUGAAGUACUUAAAGCAGCAUCUCGCGACGCACAAGAACUCGAAGGAGUUUAAGUGUUUCGGUUGCGAGUACAAGACUAGUGUAAAGGGACGUUUAAAGCGGCAUCUUUUAAGUCACCGAAUUUCCGCUGUGAAUGGGGUAGUUCCCAUAAAUUAAGUGCUUGAAAUUUAUAGCUAUCUAUUUUAUUUAAAUUUUGAUAUGUAUAUUA